CAACAAACAUCUCAUCACAGUAAUGACCUUGAUGUAUUUGAUUUAUAAGCCUGCUGCCAAAGAGUAUCACAUCAGUGACAGUGUUCCUAUCUCUGCGCAAACUAAAGGAAGACUUUUGUGGCUCUAUUGAAGGAAAAAAAAUGAGUCCACCGCAGCUAUUGAAAUGUUUUGGGCAGGGCCAAGCAGUUUCUUGCCAUUGUCUCGUCCAUGUCGGAGAAACAAUACACACAAACAAGUCAUCAUACCUGUGGGACAGAUGUAGUUACACUAUAAAAGCCAUUGAGAAGGUUUCCCAGGGUCACCGGCGCUGGAGAACACCUGUUAUUGCCGACCUGCUCCGCACUAACCAGUUUUUUUAAAUCAUGAAGCUAAAUCAUGUUGAAUUUGCACUGCUUCUCUUCAUCUCCAUCAUUCAAGGUUCAGAGCUGCAGAGAAUUAUUGGAGGGCAGGAGGUUGAGCCCUAUUCUAUAAAGUACCAGGCCUCCAUACAGUACAACAGCUACCACUACUGUGGAGGAACGCUCAUAAGUGCCCAGUGGGUGGUGUCUGCUGCCCACUGUUGGAAGCCGAACUAUUUGAUCAAAGUCGUCCUGGCAGAGCAUGACCUGUCCAAGAAAGAGGGCGUAGAGCAGGUAUUCAACGUCUCUAAAGCGCUGGUCCACUACCUCUACAACUACAGGACGUUCGAUGGCGACAUCAUGCUCCUGAAACUUGAACGGCCAGCUAACCUGAAUGCCUACGUCCAACCUGCUGUGAUGCCCAACUUGGACAGUGCGGUCCCGGCAGGGUUCUCGACGUGCACAGUGAGUGGCUGGGGAGUUACGCAAGUGUACAGCUACUACCUGUCCCCUGUGCUUCGUGCAGUGGACGUACAGAUCAUCCCCUACUGCUGGUACUAUUACCUCUACAGAGUCACGGACAACAUGGUGUGUGCUGGAUCUCUGGCGGGUGGAAAAGACUCAUGUCAGGGAGACUCUGGAAGUCCUCUUGUGUGCAACGGCAGUUUUGAAGGUAUUGUCUCCUGGGGUAUCGGCUGUGCCAACCCCUACUUCCCUGGGGUCUACACCAAGGUUCGCAACUACGUCCGCUGGAUCAACUGGAUCAUCAACGACACCACCUCCUAAACUGACUUCACUUUUAUUUAAGAACAGCUUUAGUAAUAGGGGGAUUUCUAGUGAUUGGGUGGGUCAAUUGGCUCA